GCCGGUGCCCAGGAAUGUACCUCCGCUGUUUGUUCACCUGUGGACUGUACUGCACAUUUUAUCAUGGACCUGAACGGAACCUUGAGUGAAAGUCAGAUUGAUGUGCUCUUUGCUGUGUAUUUGUCCUGCCUGACACCGAGUGUUCUGGGAAGUUUCUCCGUCCUGGUGGUAUCCAUUGUGAGAUGGAAGCAUCUGAAGGAACAGGUUCUCCUCUUGGUCCAACUGGCGCUCGCAGAUCUCAUCGCGGCUCUCAUCCUGGUCUUCUCCACCAGCUUGAACAAGAGGGACAAUGCUGACAAUGUGAUCCUCUGUCAGUACAGUCUGCCUCUGUCACUGACAUUUUAUUUCAUUUCGUUCCUACUCGUCAUUGUUUACGCCUGGAAGUCAAAGACGGCCAUUCACGGAUGGAGAGCAGCGCCAGCGGAGGAACCUCCAGCACAAAGUCACUGUCAGAGAACGUUCGUGGCCCUCCCUGUGUAUUUACUGGUGUGGUUGCUUCCAAUUGUGAUGUAUGUGGCGUACGUGCACAGUGAUUUCAUGAGUGCGACUCCUUUGCUCCCUGCUAAUAAAGUACAAGAAGACAGGAUCAUAGAGAAAUACUGCAGCAGCUGCAUAAUGUUCCUGCAUGUCGGACACGACCCCUGUCCCGGAGCUGAGAAGCGCCACGACACUUUCAUCCGACUGUUUCUGGUCAUUGUUGUCAUCCCUGUGAUCCUAUCCUGCUCUGUCAUCUAUUACAAAGUUGGCAAAUGGUACCAAACUCAGGAGCGGCAGUGUCUGUUCCCAGUGGAGGGAGACGGACGGUCAAGGAAGAGGUUCAAAAGCAUGUUCUCCAUUGCGAGAAAUAUGGUGAUGGUCAUCCUGUUCUGCUGGACUCCAGCUCUCCUCCUGAUUCUGUUGUCCUUCCUGGUGAGGGGCUCUUACUUGGGACAGAGUCACCUUUUUCCUGUUUUUGUACUUCAGGCGGCCACCGUGUCCCUGCAGGGCUUCCUCAACAGCAUGGUCUACGCCUGGAGGCGUCCCAACUUCACCAGUGCCGUUCUGGGAGAGACCACGCCGCUGCUGCCUCAACACCGCCUCCCGUUUUUUGAUGAAUCACUCAGAGUUUCAUUCUGAUUGAAUCACUUAAAAACCCUUUUUGCACCUGCUCCUGAAGAUUUCAAAAAGAGAGUCUUUCCUCAGUGAACUCAAACGGCCAUCUCCUGCUGGUUUUUCACGUGUGAGAGCUUGUAACUAUAGGAGUGCUGAGCUGUUGCACACGCUGAAUGGACUCUUCUGCCGUGUCUGCUCACGUUUUUCGGCCGUAAAACUGAUCUGUUAUGUAACCAACUUGAGACGUGGGGCAUAUUUUCAUGGACUGUUCACAACUAUUUUUUUUACAUGCUCACAAAAACUGCAGAGAUUGCUGCUGUUACUGCUGAGAGGAGCUCUGUGAAUGUUUGACCAGCGGUCAGCCGACCGUGGAUGAUGUAAGUGUUCACUUGCCGUGCUCACUUCUGCACACCCUUUUAUGUGUGAGCCACGCCUGCUGACAGCUGAGGAUUGGCUGUGAGAACGGAAACUGAAAUUGAAGUUUGCGCUCCUCGUAUCUGCCAUCACUACAUUCCUGAAUGUCUUUCUGGCGCUGCACUUAACUCUCAUAGUGAAGCUGUCAUGAAGCAACAAGCGGGGGACACCCUGGAAAGCUCACAACGCAAACUUGUGUUUACUGUCGAUUUGUAUUUGUGUUCACCCGUGUGUUUCCUCAGUGGGAGGACAGAAGCAACAGGAGGUUUCACCAAUACAGAGAGCACCAUCACC